AGGUUUAUGCAUCAAAACUGGUCAAGCAGGAAACUUGGCAAAUUAAAAGCUAAAAAUUGAAACACAGUUGUCUUAGAGUCAAGAAGAAUAGGAUGAUUACUGCUGAGUUCACUGCAGACAGAUAUCUAGAGGAGUUUAGGUGUAAUUCUGCAUGGAGAAUUAAGGAUAUUAGGGCCAGGGUUCUUAAUGACUUUAAAGCAUGGAUGGAUAGGUGUAGGGCUAAACUCAUCAUAUAUGGGUCAGCAAGGGAGCAAUAUGCUAGGUUGUGGGAUUAUGGGAGGGCUGUGAUGAAGUAUAACCCUAGGUCUGGGUGCAAUGUGGUUGUGGAAGGUAUAGACAGUCCUGAGCCCCCUAUGUUUUUGAGAAUGUUCAUGUGUCUAAGGCCUUUGAGAGAUGGGUUUGCUAAGGGUUGUAGGCCAAUGAUUGGGGUGGAUGGUUGUCACCUCAAGGGUGCAUAUCCUGGAAUUAUAUUGGUGGCAGUAGCUAAGGAUGGGAAUAACAACCUGUUCCCCCUAGCUUGGGCAACAGUGGAGGCAGAGAAUAAAGAUAGCUGGGGUUGGUUCCUAGAGUCUCUAAUGGCAAUGUUCACACAUGAUCAAGGAGAAGGGCUGACAAUAAUGUCAGACAGGCAAAAGGGGCUUCUGGAAGCAAUGGCUGAUAUAGUACCAAAAGCUGAAAAAAGAUUCUGUGUAAGGCACAUUUGGGCAAAUUUCAAGCUCAAAUUCACUGGGUCAACAUUCAAAGAAUUGUUUUGGGCAGCAGCCAGAUCAACAACUGCAGUAAGUCAUCCCAUUCCAAUACUUAUUUAAUGUUUGUAUGCAUAUGUGUGGGAAUGUGCUUGUC